AUGGUCCCCACACUGACCAUCACCUACCACAGCCCCCACACUGACUAUCACCCGCCACAGUCCCCACACUGGCUCGCCAUCUGCUGGCACCCCCAGACCGUCACCCGCCACGGCCCCCAGACUGCCCAUCACACCCCUCCCCCCGCUCGGGCUGCAGCUGCUGCUAAUGACACAGAUCGGCUGCUGCUGCCGCCGCCGCCGGAGCGGGCGGACAGGCGGGCGAACCGAGGCAGAGCGCGGAACGCGGAGCGCCCUGAGAGUCGCGAGCGGCCCGAGGACCGCCGAGAGGCCCCGAGACAGCGGCGCUCGCUUCGUCGUCCGGCCCGGCCCGGCGCGGGCGCUGCUCCGGCUGCCCGGGAUGGCAGCGGGCCGGGCCCGGGCCCGGGGCUCGGGCUGAGCGCCCCCCGCGCGCUCGGAUGGCGGGCGGCGCCGGCUGGGCUGGCGGUAGAGAAGCUCGUGAAAUACUUGGACCCAAAUGACAUGGGGAGAAUCAACUUUAAAGACUUCUGCCAUGGGGUGUUCGCCAUGAAAGGGUGCGAAGAGGUGCUGAAGGAUGUUCUGGCCAUGGAAAGCACAGCCACUCUGCAGUAUGAACCAGAGAUUGGGGACUACGAGGACCAGAACUUGAUUUGUAUUGUGCAGUUCUCCGUGGCCAAGACCAGCCCCAACCGGAAGAUCUCUAGCACGGCAUUUGGACGGCAACUCAUGCACCAUAGCAACUUCAGCAGUAGUAAUGGCAGCACUGAGGACCUGUUUCGGGACAGCAUUGACUCUUGUGAUAACGAUCUCACAGAGAAGGUGAGCUUCCUGGAAAAAAAGGUGACUGAGCUAGAGAAUGACAGUCUGACCAAUGGAGACCUGAAAAGCAAAUUAAAACAAGAGAACACUCAGCUUGUCCACAGGGUUCAUGAGCUAGAAGAGAUCAUGAAAGACCAGGAGACAACUGCGGAGCAGACGCUAGAGGAGGAGAUCAAGAGGCAUCGGGAGCUGUUGAGCAAGCUCGAGAAGGAAAAGGGCACCGAGAUUGAGCUGCUAAACACAAGGGUUCAACAGUUAGAAGAAGAGAAUACUGAACUGAGAACCACAGUGACACGACUAAAGUGCCAAACAGAGAAAUUAGAUGAGGAACGACAGCGGAUGUCUGACCGGCUAGAAGAUACCAGUCUCCGGCUCAAGGACGAGAUGGACUUGUAUAAGCGGAUGAUGGACAAGUUACGGCAGAACCGGAUGGAGUUCCACAAGGAGCGAGAGGCCACUCAGGAGCUCAUCGAGGACCUGAGGAAGGAGUUGGAGCACCUCCAGCUCUACAAACUGGACUGUGAACGGCCGGGCCGGGGACGAAGCUCCUCUUCUUGCAUGAGUGAAUUCAAUGCUAGGGCCCGGGAAAUUGAACUGGAACAUGAGAUCAAACGACUCAAGCAGGAAAAUCAGAAGCUCCGAGAUCAGAAUGAUGACCUGAAUGGACAGAUUUUAAGUCUCAGUCUUUAUGAAGCAAAGAAUCUCUUUGCCACUCAGACCAAAGCCCAGUCUUUGGCAGCAGAGAUCGACUCAGCCUCUAGGGAUGAGCUUAUGGAAGCCCUCAAAGAGCAAGAAGAGAUCAAUUAUCGACUGAGACAGUACAUGGACAAAAUCAUACUCGCCAUCUUGGACCACAACCCAUCCAUUCUGGAGAUCAAAAACUGAAAGAAGAUGGAGGGGUGGAAGUGGGAGUGGGACCAAGGAAGAACCUGGGAGAGUGACAGCCACCUGACACCCUCUGCACUUGUCACUGGAUUUAAGUGUCACUAAUACUGUAAAUGUCUAUACAUACAACUGUGUGUAUGUGAGUGUGAGUGUGUGUACGUGUGUACAAUUAGGUAUGAAAGAAAUGAGCAUGUGUAUGAAUGUUGAUGUUGACAGUGGUAAGCGGUUGAUCCUUUAAUCACAAAGGUCUGCUUGGGUUAGCUUUUCAUGCACUUUGUUGUACCUUUGCAGGGAAGAGAGGGUUAGCAGAAGGGAUAGAAGGCAAUUAUUAAUGUAAUAACAAUAUAAUUGGAAACUUUGUGUUUUAGAUAUUGGAUAAAAUGACUACCUCUGGUUGUAAGAGAUCUGUCUCUAUUGUGAGAGGUGCCCCCACACCUCCUACAGGUUGGAGAACAAAAAAAUAAUUACUUUUUCAGUAACUUGAAUCCCUAGCCACCUUGUGAUUGGGCUUAGUUUGACCCCAUUCUCCUCUUACUUCCACCAGUGGCACACCCUGCCAGGGCACAGAUAUUUGGAACCAGGAAAGAGAAAUUGGUCUUCUAGUAGAAAAUGAUAGAGGAGAAAGUCAUUGCUUCAUAUUUGGUGUGUUUUGGGGGUAGGGGAUUUGUGACUAGUAGAACUACUUGCAGGCAAAGCGUGGUUUGUCUCUUUAGUGCCUACUUCCAUUUCGCACACCAUUUGUGAUGACUAGUAGAUGGUUUGGGGUUCGUAUAGGAAUGGCUUUGGGUCUCACAGAGAUUCUACAACUUAACCCCAGUUUUCAGGGGACUUAAAAUUAAGGCUAUCUAAUUUCUUUCUGGUUGGGCUCUUGGCCUUUAUUUUUUAAGGUUUCCCUUGCAUUCCUGCAUUUUUACUACCUCCCCUUUUUAUUUCUCUGUUUAUGUAUGUGUAUGAGUGUGUGUAUGUGUAUGUGUUGGUUGUUUAUU